AUGGUUCACAAAAUAGAUAGUUUCUUACACAUUUGUAAAGCUGAAAAGGAGACACAAGUUAAGAAAGAUGUCAUAAAGAGACUCGUGCCGACAAAACGAAAAUUCACAAAAGGUGUGACAAUCAAGUAUGUUUUACAUAAUUGUAAAACGAAAAGUAAUUUAAUAAAAAAAAAGUGGAAUAUAAAUUUUAUCUUAAAUAAGACAAAGAGUAAGCGCAAAAAAAGGAAGAAGAGGGAGAAUGAUGCAAAAAAUAUGUCUGAUAAAAUUAUUGUCCAAAAUAGUGAUAUUACAGAAGAACAUAAAAUUGGAAUUUCUUCUGAAAAGGGUUCUAGCAAUUUUGUAUCACAAAAAAGUUUUGAUAUGAAAAAUUUCGGUUCUUAUAAAAAACUGCUUAAUAAAAUAGUUCAAAAUGUGAAACGUGGUCAAAAUUCAACCAUAAUAAAUACAGGGGUAGACACACAGAAGAGAGAGAAGAAUAUAUUUUUUUAUGGAUACUUGUAUAGGACAUAUUUAAGGGACAAAGAAAAUGUGGAAAAAGACACGGACAUGAUCAAAUAUUUUACAAACGAGCUAGAUAAAGAGACAACAUCAGAAGGAGAAAUAAAGAAAAAGAAAGAAUCACAUGAAGGUUUUAUUUCCUCAUGCUGCAAUGGGAAGAGAAUAAGGGAAAACUACACACAAAAUAGGAACUUGGAAGAAUGUUUAAGAAAAAAAAAGGGUCUAAUUUUCGACAUAUAUGAUCGUAUUGUUAACAUGAAUAGUGAAGCACAUAGAAAAAUAUCAAUUUCUUCAUGGGUAUAUAAAAAUUGCAAAAUAAUUGACAUGCUAAAAAAAAAGUCCCCUGCGGAUAAAACUUCCAGAGAUGGAAAAAAUAGAAGAGAUAGAAAAGGUAAUGAGAAAAAUCCUUUUUGUCACAGGUGUUUUAUAAAAAAAAGUUUUGACAGAUUGUGUUUUGGUUAUCCCCAUUGUUGUAAAGAAUUGCCCAUAAAUAAGGUAAUAAAGAAUGGUGAAAUAUUAGAGAACUCUUUGAAACGUAUAAUUAAAAAGUGCAUAAAAAUUGUUGAAAGACGAAAGAAGAAAAUCAUUAACGUGUGCUUUGUUUUUAAAUAUAAAAUUAGAAUGGACAGACAAGACAUUUGCAUAUAUUUGGUUAAUUUCCCCCUUUGCAAUAUACAAAAGAAUAAAAUUUUUAAUAAUAGUAAUAACGAAAAAUCCUUGCUGUUUUUGUUCAAUAAAAAGAUUUUAAAAUCUGUAAGAAAUGUGAAUGAUUACUCCAGUUUUAUCUUUCCAUUCAAUAAUGCGAAGGGAUGCCAGAGAGUCCACAAUUUGAAGAAAAAAAUGAUUAACUUUGUAAGUCAGGAGGGAGGUUUGCCUCGGUUGCAACACAAUGUUGAGGUGACACGGGAAAGUGCAAAUUAUAUGAAAUUGUCAAACACGAAAGAAGAACGUGAAAGCAUUCCCACUCCAACAAAACCAGUGCAAGAAGAAGACAACAUUUCUCCAAACGCAUGUAAAAAUGAAGAAACAAAGAAGAGAGGAGGGAUUGUUCUAAUUAGGAAGUAUAAUAAAAAGGAUAUAAUAUUCCAUAUACAUCUUUUCGAAUUACUUAUUAGGCUCAUAUUUGAAAACUCGAAAACUUAUUUUACAUUUUUCAUUACCGACCUUACAUGCAAUUAUGAAUUGUACAAGAAUGUGUAUUACUUAAAUUUAAGUAAAAUUGUUAAUAUAAGAAUGAAUAUUAAAAAGACAAGACAUAAAAUAGGAAAUGGAAAGACAGAAAUGGAUGAUAGUACAAGAAGAACAAUACAUACCCUGAUGAAACAAAACGAUGAGUGCAAAAAUAUAAUAAAUGAAAAAGACAAAGUUAUACUGAUCUUGCAAAAUGAGGUCAGAGAAAAAAAUAGCACCAUGUCACAAUUAGAAAAUCAAGUCUUAAAAUAUAAAAACGACCAAUCUGAUAUGCUAAAAACUGUAGAAAAUCUUAAAAAUAAAAUAUCAAAAAAGGAGACAAAUAAGAAGGAAAACAAUGUGGAUGAACAAUUAGUGAAAAAUACUAAUUAUAUAAAAAAAUUGUAUAAUGAAAAUAAUUUAUUAAAAGAAAAAAUUAAAAAAUUAAAUGAACUGACUAAGAAAGGUGGUACUUCGUCCAAUUCGGUUGGAAAAUUACCUGACUCGAAGGAAAGUGAUAAGACCUGCAUACCGGCAAAUAGCGAGGCCACAAAGGAAGAAGAGAAAAAUGAAAAAUUGAAUUUUUUUAAGAAGGCCUUUCUAGACACUGAACAAAAGUUAUAUACAGCUGAUAUAGUAAUAAACACUCAGAAGGAAAUUAUUUCAAAAAUUAAAAAUGAGAAGAAUAGUUAUUUUGAACAAGUUGAAAGGAAUAAAAUUAUUUUUAAACGAGAAGUGGAAAAGUCAUUAGAUUUUAUGCAUUCCAUUUGUGAAGAUAUAAAAACGAAGAAGGAGAAAAUCUGUCUGACGAAUAGGAUUAACAAAUUACAUGAUUGCAUAAAUGACUUCUUGAGCAAAUUUGAAAAGGACUCAUAA